AGGAUUAUUAAUAUUGUUUGCUUGUGCGUAAUGUCAAAUGUGUGAUGUUUAACAUAUUUCAAUUUUACGGUGAAAUAAAGCCGUAUAAUUGAUUCAAUUUCACAUAAAACUAAGCAUUUAAUAUUAAAAGAACUCCCUAUCCCUCAAUAAUUCCACGUACCUUCAAUAUAAAGGAAAUAAUCUACUCUAGGUAAGCCAACACUUUGAUUUGUUUCUUUUUGCUUAUAUUUUGUCCAUAAUCUGGAGCAGAAUCAUUCUUAUCUUAUUUAAUCUCUUAAAAUACCUCUACCAUAUAUAACAACCAAGAUAAAUUCCUUUAAAAGUGUUAAAGUGUGUCAGAAAGCUUUAAAUGACAGUUUAAUUAAUUAAAGUAUUUAUUAAGGUAAUGGCUUGGCAACAAUGGAAUAAUGGUGCUCCAAUGAUUCCAAAUUUAUCUGGGAUCGUAAAUCCAGCUCCAAUUGUUAAUCCAACGGGGGUUUUACCUCCUCAGUAUACGGCUGAUCAAUGGGCCCAAAUGCAACAACAAAACUGGCAACAGUGGGCUCAAUGGCAACAACAAUAUCAACAGUGGCAUCAACAAUAUGGAGCAGAAUAUCAGAAAUCGAUGUCAGCUUUAUCACAAGCAGUACAACCUCCGAUUUUGAAUACAUCAAUUCCUCCCCCUUUACCUCCUGAGGUAGCUCAAGCACAACCACAGCCGCCACCCAAUGAGCCACUAAAAGAUGAUAGGAACUUUGGGAUAAAUACACAGACAAAUUUUUCUGCCCCACCACCUAAUUUUCAACCACCAAGUCAAAAUAAAAGUAAUCAGAAUCAGUUUCAAAGUCCUUCUGGGCAGCAAUUAAAUGUAAAUUUCAAUAGAAAUAACCAAAAUAAUCGUAAUUUUGCUGGGGGUUAUCAACAACAGCAAAAGGUUAAUCAACAGCAACAAAAAGUUAAUCAGCAACAGCUAAAUAUAAAUCAGCAAAGUAUAAAUCAACAGCAAAAUAUAAAUCAGCAACAAAAUAUAAAUCAACAACAACAAAAUAGAAGUAAUAACCAGAAUAAACCACCAAGUUUAUUGAGUUUACCUUUAAAGAAGCCUGAUUUUGGUAAAGAAAUUGAUAAUAAACGAAUAAAGUUAGAUCCUAAGAUUAUCAAUAAAGGUGAUAAUGAACAAACAAAUCCAAAUCAAAACCCAGAAGAUUUAUCUGAAACUGAGAAAAAAUUUAUUAAGCAAUUUACAGAAUGGGAGGCUCAAUUUAAUAAGUGGAAAGAACAAAAUGUGAAUCAUCCUGAUAAAGAGCAAUACAAAGAAUAUGAGAAAAAAUGGGAAGCUUGGAGAACUCAAUUAUUAGAAAGAAGGGAACAAAUGCGAAGAAAACGUUUGGGGUUACCUGACAAUAAUCAAAAACAAGGUGAAACAUCCAAAAAUUCUGAUAAUGAGGCAUUUGAAAACAUCACAAAACCACAAAAUUUAGAAAUGAACGUUGAUAUUAAAGAUGAUGGCAUAUCAUUUCUUAAAUUAACAACUUCCGACGGCAUUCCAGGUUUAGAUUUAGUUGGAGAUGUCCAAGAUGAAGAAAAAAAUGAAUCUCCAAAUAUCGACUCUGUAAUAGAAGUAGAUAAAUUACCCCCUAAUAAACCAAUUCCCGAUUUAGAAGCGAUCUCAAAAGGAAUCAACACAAUUUUAGGCGAUCAAAAACUGUUGAGUAUGUUAUCAAUGGUUUCGCAAAAUCAAAAAGUUUCGAGCUCCUCUAGUUUCACUGAUACAACCUCGAAAAUACACGAACCAAAAGAAUUUAAUGAAACAGCUUCGAGUCAAAGCGAUCCGAAAAAUAAUUUUGAUAACGCGAGCAGUUUUGAUGAUCAAACUAGAAGUAGUUUUGGGGGGAAGCCUGAAGCAGAUUGGGGUAAUAAAAAUGUUGAUGAUGGUUUUGGAAAAGGUGGUUUUCGCGGGCGAAAUCAAGAAAAUUAUCGAAAUAAUAAUGAUAAUUUUCAAAACGAUGAUUUUCAACAAAAUCAAGACCGAUUUCAAAUUAAUCAAGACAAUUUUCAACCAAAUCAAGAUAGUUUUCAUUCAAAUCAAGAACAUUUCCAUUCAAACCAAGACCGUUUUCAACCAAAUAAUAAUUUUCAACAACAAAAUUCAUUUAGAAAUGAUAAUUUUAAUCGAAAUUUUGAUAUAAACGAUCGUUUUCAACCCCCUAAUAAUUUUAGAAACAUAAACUUCCAAAAUGCCCCGAAUCCAAGAGGCCCAAACAAUUUCCAAGAUGAUAAAAAUUCAUCUCAAAACGCAAACUUUGGUGGAUUAAACUUUAGACCACCCAAUUUUAACAGAGACGACGAUUUUAGAGGCCCCAAUCAAUUUAACGAACAAAGUAAUAGUAGCAAUAAUAAUAAUAACAUGACAAAUCUCGGAAAUUUCCGUGGUGGAGAUAAUUUCCAACCUAACUUUAGCGGAAAUCAAGGAAAUAAUUUCGACGAAGAUUAUUAUGAGGAAGAUGAUAGAAGUUAUAACGAAAAUAAUUUCAGGGGGAAAAACAGAAAGAGACAAAAAAAAUUUCAAAAUCGUAGGCAACACUUUCAAAAUGACGAUUUUGAUAAUUACGAAGAAAACGAGAAUUACAACAAUUAUAACGACGAAAAUUACGAGGAAAAUUACGACGAAAACUACGAAGAAAAUUACUCCGAAGGAUAUAAUUACACUGAAAAUGAAGGUAUUAAUCAAGAAGAAUCUUCAAAACAAUCAGAAGAUACCACCCCUAUGUGGGAACCCGUCAAAGUAAUCGAAUAUGACCACAAAACAAACACUCCAGAAGACAUCCAAAUUGCAAUUGAGCCAUUAAGAACAUUCGAUUAUCGUCACAAACCAGUUAAUAGAAUCCCACUUCCUCAAAGACCAGAUUGGUUAAAAAAAACAUUAAGAAAUUGCCGAGAAUUCGAUUUUGUUAUUCAACGUUACGAUCAACCAACUUACAGUAGAUUUCCUCCCGGUUACGAUCGUUACAGUGACUCUUGGAGACGCGAAGAUCGUAGAAUUAAACGUGAUGAAACUUUAAUAAAAAGUAAAUACGAUGAACCGUUCGAAAAAAUCGACGAAAGAAUUAAAUUUGAGCCGCCGCAAAAAGACUUUCAAAGAAGAUCGAAUGAUGAUUUUGAACGUCCAAGUUCAGAAAAACCUAGAUUUCAACCGCCUGAAAGGAUAAGAUUUGAAGAACCCGAAAGAAUUCGAUUCGAAGAACCUGAAAGGAUGAGAUUUGAGGAACCUGAACGAAUUAGAUUUGAGGAUUCUGAAAGAAUUAGGUUUGAUGAAACUGAAAGAAAACGAUUUGAUGAAACUGAAAGAAAACGAUUUGAUGAAACUGAAAGAAAACGAUUUGAUGAAACUGAAAGAAAACGAUUUGAUGAAACUGAAAGAAAACGAUUUGAUGAAACUGAAAGAAAACGAUUUGAUGAAUCAGAGAGGAAAAGGUUUGAAGAAGCUGAAAAAAUAAGAUUUGAAGAACCAGAAAGAAUAAGAUUUGAGGAACCUGAAAGGGUAAGAUAUGAAUCACCUGAAAGGUUACGAAAUGAAGAAUUUAGAGGGAGAAGAUUUGGUGAUUUGGGUGUACAAAAAGACGUAGGUUUUAAUAGAGAGAUUAAAGAAAUAAGAAUUUCACCUCCUCGACCUCAAUCUAUGAAGAACAUUACCCUGAUUGAGGAUGUUUUAAGUCCUCCUGGAAGAUAUUCAAGGGCAGCUAGAAUCGUUAUCAUUUUAAGAGGACCACCAGGUAGUGGAAAAACGUUUUUGGCAAAAUUAAUUAAGGAUAAAGAGGUUGAACACGGUGGUUCAGCACCAAGAAUACUCUCCCUAGACGAUUACUUCAUGAUCGAACAAGAAAAAGUUAUAGAAGAAGACGGGAAAAAGACGAAAGUGAAAGUGAUGGAGUACGAGUAUGACGCAUCAAUGGAAAUGGUUUACAGAAACUCAUUAUUUAAAGCGUUUAAAAAAACGAUUACAGACGGUUAUUUUCCUUUUAUAAUCGUCGACAACAUUAAUGAUAAAGUGAAAUAUUUUGGGGAAAUGUGGAGUUUUGCUAAACAAAACGGUUUUCAGGUUUAUGUAUGCCAAUUAGAAUUUGAUUUGGUAUCUUGUACUAAACGAAAUAUUCAUAAUCGUUCUGAAACGGAAAUACAAAAAAUAAUAAGUGGUUGGGAACCGACUCCACCGCAUCACCCGAUUUUAGAUGCGACCUCUUUAGUUCAAUCCGCUUCUAUUCCUGAAGUUGAAAUGGAAGAAAUUAAUUCUCCACCGACUGAUGAUUUUGAGGAGGAAGAAGAAUCCGCAGAGGAAAAGGCGUGUGGCAGCAAGUGGGACAAUUUCGAGUGUUCCAUCGGCAAUCUUGCGAAACUUGAUGGAACUAGUAAGCCGCUCCGACCCUCCAAAACCAUGGAAGACUACCUUCAAAUCGAUGACGAGUGGAUUUCGAGGGAAUCCAAACCAGGACAGAAGAGGGUUCGCUGGGCCGAUUUGGAAGAACGAAGAGAACAACAGAAGAUGAGAGCCAUCGGAUUUGUUGUUGGACAAACGAAUUGGGAUCGAAUGAUGGAUCCAACUAUGGGAAGUGGCGCUUUAACGCAAACUAAAUAUAUAGAACGUGUACCGAAGUUUUAUAGGGAUUGAGAGAAAACAAUUUUUUUUUGGUAGGAAUUUUUUAUUAUUUCUUGGAACAGUUUUAAUUUUUACUUCAAUGUUGGUGAAGACACUAAGCUUCUAGAAAGCACAUUCAUUAUAAUUAUAAUAGUUAUAAAUAAUUUUUUUUUAUUGAUUGGAAAUUCAUGAAUACAUUUAUUAAGUUUUUAGAUGUUAGAUCAGUAUGUUGUAGACAAAUAAAAUGUAAGCUUGGAAAAUAAAGUAAUUUUUUUGUA